CACCUUCUACGAACUUCACGGUUCAUAUGCACAUGGUUCUGGAGCGUGUUCCUAUGCUCGGGCAUAACAUCAUCUGGUCUGGUAAGUUGUAAUUGCCGUGUAUAAUCCUGUCACCCGAAGACAUGGCUUGCAAACCCAGUGGCUGAAGUACGGUCUUGGAGCUCGAAAUCCAACAUCUGUAACGACAGCUUACAAAAGCUCGAACAUUGCACAUUGCAGACUUGCAAUCGCAUCUGCGGCUACAUUAACUAGCAGGCUGACAGCUUGAUCUGGUUUCACCCCAUCCGGAUGUCUCUUUUCUCUCGAAUUGUGCUUCCCAGUGCACGCAUCAAUCUGAGAACAAGCCAGCGACUCUACAGACCAUUCACCAGCAGUGUAUUACGUCUGAACAAAUAUAAUCGCAGCCCACGAAAGACCAAUCGAUCUCGGUCCCAAGAACAACGAGUCCAACAAGACGUGUCUGACCAAUAUGACCAAAACAACUUCGAGCCCCCUCCACGGAGGCCCCAUGUCAAUUCCGGCAAGAUUGUCGUGGGAGGCAUAAUUGCAGCCUGCGCUGGCGUCUACAUCUACUCUGUCAAUUUGGAGGUGCAAAUCAAAAGCAACUUCUCCAACAAAGCCAAAGAGAAUAUCGAGUGGUUUCGAAAACACUUCGUUAUGUCAUACGAAAGUAUUCAGAACGGACGAUACUACACGAUUUUGACGUCCGCCUUCAAUCAUGUCAGCCUAAUGCACAUAGGAUUUAAUAUGAUUGGGCUAUGGGGCUUUGGACGCUCGAUUAUCACCCUGUUUGGUGUACCUACAUUUGGAAUUAUCUUCGUUGGCGCGGCUGUCACCGGUGGUAUUGCUCAGUACUCUACUUGGCAGUGCAAUAAGGGCUAUCACAAGGCAGUUGUUGGAGCAUCUGGGGCCGUUUUCGGAUUGGUUACCGCCCUAACUUUUGUUAUGCCCAGACAUUCUAUUAUACUUGGAUUCGUACCAAUGCCGAUGUGGACUGCUCUUGGCAUCUCGGUAGCUGCCAGCAUUGCUGGUCUGCAGGGCGUAUGGGGACCUCAUCUUGGCCAUGCUGACCAUCUUGGCGGGAUGGCUUUUGGCGCUUUGUUUUGGUUGUUGGUGCUGAGGAGACGUCCGCGGGGUUGGAUGCCGUAUUAUCCCUAGGGAAGUUGGAGGCAUUAUGGAGUCUAGAUGCACCAAACUGCUUCUGGCUUUGAACUGUUCCAUCAACACAUUAAUUUCGCCGUCUCUCGGGGCCAUAUCACUAGUGUGAGCCUUGAAUUCGAUUGAUACCAAAACCCUCAUCAUUUUCAAAAGCAUUACUAUUUACUUAUGUAUCUAUAUCUGCUUGAAUCUUGCAUUAGAACUCCAGCUAUUGCUGUCGAAUCUAUGUCAUUGUGCCUAUCUAACUCUUUCUUACGCCUCUUUC